AUGGUAGCUUGGAGUGCGAUCUUGGUGAAAAAGACCCACCUCCAUCCUGUGAAAGACGAGGAGGAGACCCGAGGCCUUCUCAACGGCCGAGACAGUGGCGAGGGCUCUGAUGAUGGCGAUGGCCCUGCAGAAUAUGGCUCAAUCAAUCAACAGACGAGUGGUCACGAGGAAGAGGACGAAGAGGAUGACGACGAAGACGAAGACGAAAAAGAGAUCAAGCGACUGCAGAAGCAGCGGAUGGCCGAGCAGGGCGGGUGGGUAGGGUACCUGCGAGGCUUCGCUAUCUUUCUGCCAUAUAUCGUCCCUUACAGAGACCGCCACGCACAGCUCUGGGUCUUCAUCAUGCUCGUGUGCGUAUCACUGGAGCGGGUUCUCAUCGUGAUGAUUCCACAGCAGCUCAGUGCCGUCACGGACAGCCUCGCCGCCACCGCCGUCACGGGCCACGUACCCUGGGCCACCAUCAUCGCCUGGGGCCUCCUCCGGUUCCCAGGCAGCGGCAUGACACACAUGCUCAAGACCAUGGCGAAUACGCGCAUCUCGCAGUUCGCCUACUCGCAGCUCAAGUCGGCUUCAUUUGCCCACGUCAUGGGUCUGUCCAUGGACUACCACACGACCAAGAGCUCCGGGAAGCUUGUCAAGGCGAUUGAGCAGGGCACGGACUUGACGUCGAUCAUCGAGAACGCCUUUACCAUUGGGCCCAUGCUCAUCGACAUUGCCAUUGCGGCCGUCUACCUGACCACCCGGUUCGACUUUUACAUGGGCUACAUCCUGCUGACAACGUCUCUCCUACAUAUUUACUCCAACGUCAAGACCAUCUCACGCACCGUCCCUAUUGAGAGGAUCUCCAGCGAGCGGGCACGCGUCGAGAACGAGGUCCUCUACGACUCUGUCACCAACUGGCCCACUGUGGCCUACCACAACCGCCGCACAUUCGAGCAGGAGAGAUAUGCCCGCGUCGUUCGGUCCCACGUCACAGCAGAGCGUCGCUACUACGAUUGGAUCGACUACGGUGAGGCUCUCCGCGAGUUCGUGCUGGACACGGGACUGGUCCUCGCUGCAGCGCUGGCAGCCUAUCGCAUAUCGACGGGCGAUGCGCAGGUGAGCAGCUUCGUCUUCCUCGUGGUGUACUGGGCCGAGAUACGCGAGCCCAUGUCCCAGCUGGCGUGGACGUUCCGCGAGACGUCCGCGCACUUGAUCAAUGCCGAGUGGCUGUUUCAGCUGCUGCAGAACAAGCCAACAGUGCAGGACAAGCCUGACGCGCGAGAGCUCGUGGUGAAGGAGGGACGCGUCGAUUUUGACCGCGUCUCCUUCGCCUACGACCCCCAGCGCCCGAUCCUGCGCGACGUCUCGUUCACAGCCUUGCCGGGACAGUCGGUGGCCCUGGUGGGCGAGACGGGCGGUGGCAAAUCCACGGUCCUAAAGCUCCUGUACCGCUUCUACGACGUCCAAGGCGGCAGCAUCGCCAUUGACGGCCUUGACGUGCGCGAUGUGACGCUAGAUUCACUGCGUGACAACCUGGGCAUCGUCCCACAGGACCCGUCCGUCUUCGACCAGACUAUCAUGGACAAUGUCCGCUACGCCCACCCCCACGCCACGCCGGCCGACGUCGUAGCCGCGUGCAAGGCCGCCCAGAUUCACGACCAGAUCAUGUCCUUCCCCGACGCGUACGGCACGCGUCUCGGGGAGCGCGGCGUCCGACUGAGCGGCGGGGAGCUGCAGCGGGUGGCGAUCGCGCGGGUUCUCCUCCGCAGGCCACGCAUCGUGGUGCUGGACGAGGCCACGAGCGCGGUGGACUCGAGGACGGAGGCGAGCGUGCAGCAGGCGCUCAGGGCGCUGGGCGCUGGGCGGACAGUGUUCACGGUGGCGCACAGGCUGUCGACGGUCGUGGACGCGGAUCUGAUCCUGGUCAUGGACAAGGGGGCGGUGGUGGAAAGGGGGACGCAUGGGGAGCUGCUGGCCAUCGGGGGACGGUACACCAGGCUGUGGGAGAUGCAGACGGCGCACUCGCGGGUGGAAGAUGACUGA